UGAAUGAUUCAGUUUCAAACCCAUCCGCUGCGCGUUUCCAUUGUUCGGUUUCAGUAGAGCAAACUUAACACUGCGUACAAUGAAAUGCACUGCAUCGAAUGCAGUUAUUAUUGUGUCCCAGUCUCCUGUUCAAACCUGACCGAAGACCUUGAAGAAAAGUAGACCCGGUCAGAAGCGUCUGCGACAACAGAGGAGAAGACGGUCUUUGGGGACGGAGGACUGUUACAGAAAAUACAAGCUUGAGACGUAACCCAACGUGGCCAUAUUCAAAGUCACGUGACGAACUUGUGACGUCACGAUGGCGCCUCCCCGUAUCAUGCUUCCGGUGUCCAUGGCGAGGCCAAGCGUCAUCAGCCUCGGUUUGGCCCGGGCCGGAGCAAAGCAUGUGAUUAAGCAGAAUGAGACAAGGCACCACAAAGUCAAUGCGAGGUCUGCCCUGACGAAACUGAUUUGUGGGAUAUACUGUAUGAUUGCCUGCGUGUUCGGCGCUGUCUUCCCUAUCAGCGAUGCCCUUGCUCAGACAGAGAGUGGCCAACAUCUCUACUACACAGAGGUUUUUCAUUGCUAUAUGUAUAGCCUCGGUGUCAUGGUCUUCAUCUAUUUCCUGUUCCUGAUAAUGCUGCAACGCCGCAAACUCAUAGCUUCAGGAAAAUUUGACGACAUCGAACUUGAUGUGAUUGCUGGGAUGGGGUCGCCUUCGGCUUCACGGAGAGCUUCAAGGGAUUGGGACACCCAGAACGGCACGGACAACCCCGCCCGGCGACUGGUAGAUUCGCCAAUCCUCCCCACCAUGAGCCGACGUGGUCAUGACACCUCCCUCCAUAAGAAAGAACUAGAGGAGCUAGAAAAAGACGCCAAUGUCACGUACGAAGCGGAGGGGGUGAAUUUCUACUUGCGACUCGGUGCUAUGGGUUUCGGAGUCGGCGGCAUGGUGCAAUCGGGCUUCAGAAUCUCCGAACCUUUCGAGAACCCAGAGGCCUUAAAGUGUCGUAGUUUCCUAUUUCUCAUCAACGCAGGGCUGUACCUCGUUUUCGUCUUCCUCCAAACCUUCUUCAUUUUCAAGUAUCACAAGGUCGUGAUCCAUAGACACAAGGCGUUUGUCCGCCUCUGCUUGAUGCACAUUCUCGCCACGAAUCUUUCGGUCUGGUUGUCAACCACCACCCAUGAAACUGCCGAGGACAUUGGGCGCGUGGGUGCUAAAAGUCUCUCAUUUGCAAAAUUGGAAACAAAUCUCACAAAUAUGACAAAUGAGGCUGCAGCAAAUUUAUGGAGGUUCGGUGCGCCCGGAGCUAAUGGGACAGCCAUGACCGUAUCUGAACCCCAUUCUGGUGACGUAGACCUCAUGAUUAUCUGCCAUCACGCACACACGCUUUCCGAUCGCAGCGCCCCCUAUCUCUUCCCCUGCUUGAUUGAAUACAGCCUCAUCGGCGCUGCAGUCGCGUACAGGACCUUCCUUAACAUCGGAAAGAGGGUCGCGAAGGGUGAUUCCGUUGAUGACGUGGCUGGAGUACAGUACUCAGAACCCGUGGAGUGCCACAAAUCUAACCGGGGCCUCUUCAUGGGCCUCUUGGUCAUUCUGGUGACGUUUGUGAGCGUCGCGCUUUUCUUCGUCCUGGAGGAGGACAGCUCGAAACAAGACAUGUCGUCCGGGAUCUUUCUCUCAACUGAAAUAUUUCUAUUCAUUAUCGGCAUCAUUACCUGCCUGAUUGGUUUGUGUUAUACAAAACGACUGGCUUACGUCGGUCUCCUCGACGAAGACUUCUUCGAUGAUAAACUUUUGCUCAUUGCGCAGAUGGGUGUGUACCUUCUCAGCACGUGCGUUGCCAUAUCGUCUGCGACUGCGCUCUUCCAAGCCGGUGUCCACGGCAAAAUGAUACUGCCUAUCAUGUAUUUGUGCAUGGCAAUCUUAAAUUUCAUCCAAUCGUCGAUACAGACUGUGUUUAUUUUGGACGGACUUCGUCGUUGCGCAGCAACAGACGAUCACAUGACUAAAAAACCUGGCAGGGCAGUCAUCACGUUUCUUCUCGUUUGUAAUCUCGCGAUGUGGACUGUGAACACGUUCGAGAUUAAGAAGGCGGAAGUUGUGGAUAUCCAUGUGGAUUUCUUUCGCUACAUGCCUUGGUCGAUUAUCAUGCAUUUGUGUCUCCCGCUUGUUAUCUUCUACCGGUUUCACUCGAGUGUGUGUUUGAGUGACGUCUGGCACAACGCCUACGUGAAGCGGCGCAUUGAUGGUUACGGCUUAUUGUCGGACGUUUCUGAUGACAGCGUUUGAUUAAAAUAAUUGGUGAAGCAGUCUAAGAUGCCCCCCCCCCCUAAAAAGCGUCCCUCACUAUCGUAUGGUGACAGAUUAAGGUAUGGUUGUGUGGAGACCAUGACCGUCAAUACCUCAGCGAUUGGCAGCGCAUAAUGGAGAAUUUUUUCCCCGAAUUUUUUAUCCAGGGGCGUUUCAGAUGUUUACACCUGCAUUUGAUAGAUGUAUUUUCAAGCCCAUAUUGAAAAACUGGGUACGAUGAUAUUUUAUACAUAUAUGCAAACGAGGCGACAUAAUUGUAAAUAUAUACGGGCAUUUCAAUAUUUCAU